AUGAGCGGACGACUGGCCUCGGACGAGUGGAACCUGCGCAUCGAGUACGUGCAGAAGCGCGACGCGGGCAUCUACGAGUGCCAGGUCAACACGGAGCCCAAGAUCAACAUGGCCAUCUUGCUGGCCGUGGAAGAAAAGACCUCUGAAAUCCUUGAUUCUUCACCUGGCGCGAGCCCCACGCUCAAGAACUCCAAGCAAGGUGGACAAUUUGAGAAAAAAACAUAAUUUCGAUUAAUACAUUUUUCACGUCAACACUAAUCUCUCUUAAAGGCCCUCACAACGUUGUGAAAUAAACAAUUUUGAUUAUAAUUCAAGAUACAAAGUGCUAAUAUUACGCAUU